AUGCUCCAGGCGCGAGACCUCAAUGGAAACAAGACAUUAUGCCCAGUUAACUCGCAGUUCAGCCCAAUGUUCGACCCGCCCGGCCUGUCUCAGUACCAACAAUGCGGCAUAGCGAUAUCCACCAAUACGUCUGACAUCCUGGAGGAAUGCUGCGGCUCCCCGGUUGGCACAUGGCGAGAAGGCCCCUACGACGAUUGCUGGGCUUACUGCAACCUAACCACUCUGGAACUGGGCACACCAGAGGGCCUCGAAGCAUCGCAGAAGCUGGGAGAUUGUUUCAAAGACAGGUUGGCCAAGAAUGAGAAGGCCUGGAAUAUAACAUACGAUAUCUGGACUGGUAUAGUGUGUCGUGGGCCUAGUCAUAAGAAUUCUACGACGGGUGCGGAAGGCACGGGUAGUGGCCCACGUCCUUCGUUGAUAUUCUGUGUGGCAAUCGCGGCGACAGCCAUAUUUGUACUUUAA